CUUAAACCCUAAACCUCCUCAUUUCUUUCAUCCCCAUCAUUUCCCUAAACCCCUUAAACCCUAAAUCCUCUCUCUUUCUCCAAAUUUCAACAAUGGCGUUCUCUGCAAUUCUUCGAAGAUCUGCAAACAAGGCGGCUCCUCUUGCUUCUCGUCUUAUCGGAGCUCAGAGGAACUUCCAAUCUCCGGCCGUCGUCUUCUCCGCCGUCAAGCGCGCUUCUCUCUCUCCUCAGUUCCUUCGGUCUGCUGCUUGCUACCCCACCCGCCAUUUCUCUUCCAGCGUCGCCACCAAAUCUUCUUCGUCUAACAACAAGCUUCUUGAUGUCCUUCAAAGCGAAAUCAGUGUUGUUGAGGAGUCUGAGGAACACGAUAAGACUGUAGAGGUUCCCAAAGGCUUCCCUUUUGAAAUUGAGGACAAUGUUGGAGAGCAGACUGUGACCCUAACAAGACAAUAUGAGGGUGAGACCAUUUCAGUUGAAGUUUCCAUGCCCAGCCUUGUAACUGGUGAGGAAGAUGAGGACGAGGACGAGGACCAAGAUGACGAGGAUGAAAAAGACGAAACAAGCACACAGUCCAGUGUUCCACUUCUUGUAACUGUCACCAAGAAGGAUGGGUCGUCUUUGGAAUUUGAUUGCACUGCUUAUCCAGAUGAAAUUUCAAUCAACAGUCUCUCGCUUAAAAAUCCUGAAACUGAAGAUCAACUUGCAUACGAGGGUCCUGAUUUCCUUGAUUUGGAUGAAAAUCUGCAAAAGGCCUUCCACAAAUAUUUAGAGAUCAGAGGUAUCAAGCCAAGCACCACAAACUUUUUGCAUGAGUACAUGAUCGAGAAGGAUAACAAGGAGUAUCUUAGGUGGCUCAAGGACGUGAAGAAAUUUGUUGAGGCAUAGGCUUGGUCUAUGGGCAGGAAAUUGACCAGGAACCCGUCCCAUAAAAGAUUUUGAUGCUAGUUACAAAAUUGUUCUUGCUGCUCGUUUUAAUACACAAUAUGUAAGAAACAAGCUUAUUGAACGUAUAUUUUUGAGACUAUUUGCUCCAUUUCAGUAGUUCAAGCAAAAUUUGUAGGAUGUUCUAUGGCCUUACUUCCCCAGUCCUUAAUUGCCCUUUUUUGUUCUACUGGUGGAAUUAGUUUCCAGUAUUCGCAGCUUCAGGAAGUUUAUGAUGUGUAUACCCAACAAUAAGUGAUUCUUAACAUUGGUUUCUCUACUGGUUUCGUUAUCACUUUCACUUUGGUAUGCGCAGGGUUAUGGCAAAAUUAAAUUUCAUUUGCCAGGGUCUAUUUCUAAGAGCAUUAAUAAAAACCAUGUUUGUGA